CAGGGCUCCCCUGGGCCCGCCGGGCUCCUCUGAACACGCAAGUGACUGUGUCCCAGCUUCCGGUCAGAAUGGAAAGCCUGGGCACCGCUCCAGCCAAGGUUGCCAUGCCUGGCCCUCCGCGCGAAGCAGGCGCCGUCUGGCGUGCAGUGGGGUGCCUGGGCCGUGCCUUAUGCCGGCUGGCGGAGUGCCAGCACGUUACAGUGGUGGUUUGCUCGUCUUUGGUCAUGGGCCAGGACGUUGCGACUGCUCCGCUCCCUGUUCACGUUUCGCGCAACAGUAGCGACACGGAGCUUGUUGCAGAGGAUGCUUUGCGGAAUUUGCCGCGCAGCUUGGACGCGUCGCUUGCGGCUAUGUGGGAGUUGCUGGCAGAUGCAGGGCCUGUGCUGUGGGCUGCUGUUGGUGAGGAGGAGCUUCUUGCCAAGCUGCCAGUGCGGCCCGUUGCUGCCCACGCCUGGGGCAAGGAGGAAGCAUGGCUUUGCUGCGCACCUUGCCUUGGGCACCUUCUGCGCAGCUGCCUAGGUGAGAGCGAUGCCUUUCCGCCGCCGGACGUUCAGCAGCUUUUGGUGGAAGACUUCAACGACACCAGCCACUCUUGGGCCUCUGGCCGCUGCUUGCCCCAGCUCCUCUCUGAGCGUCUUCAGAAGCUGCCCGCGGGCCACCCGGCAUUGGUUUCCUACGACGAGCACGGGGAGGAAUGCAGCCGCAUGACCUACCAGGAGCUCUCGGCUCACCUGGAUUGUGCCGUGUCGGCGCUUUAUGCGCUGCGGCCCGGAGCAGUGGCGCUUUGGAUGCCGCGUUGCAGCCAGGCGGUGCGGUGCGCCUUGGCCAUCCUGCGCGCCGGAGCCGUCUACGUGCCCUGCGAUGGGCGUCUGCCCUGGGAGCGCGUGGCCUUCAUGGCCCAAGCCGCAUCCGCACAGCUCCUGGUCGCAGGAGCGGAACAGCUCGAGUCGAUGCCCUUGCAGUCGACUCUGCAAGUCAUCGCUGCAGAUGAACUUGAGCAGACGCAAGCUGGCUCGGAAACUUGGAGCAGCGAGCUGGCCGUAUCAGAGGGGGACUUGGCCUAUGUGAUCUUCACCUCCGGCUCAACAGGAAAGCCGAAGGGUGUUGCCGUGACUCACCGCUCCAUCGUCCACCUUAUUGAGUGGGUGAAUUCCACAUACAACAUCGACCACAAUGACUCACUGCUUUUCACAACCUCCAUCAGCUUCGACCUGUCCUGCUACGACAUGUUCGGCUCGCUGGCAGCAGGGAGUACAGUUCACGUGGCCCCGGAGCUGAGCCCAAAGAAGCUGUUCCAGGUGUUGCAAAAAGGUCACAUCACCUUCUGGGACUCUGCUCCACAAGUGCUGCAGCAGCUGGAGCCAUUCAUUGGCGCUUUGGACUCUUUGCGUCUGGUCUUCCUGAGUGGUGACUGGGUCCCUCUGCAGCUCACGCAGAUGCUGCGCCGGGCCAUGGGUGACGGCCGGGUGGUGGCGUUGGGUGGCGCCACAGAGGUCACGGUCUGGUCCAACUUCUUCGAGGUGGGAGACUUGGAUCCAGAGUGGCGCUCCAUCCCCUACGGAAGGCCGAUUUGGAACCAUCAGUACUACUGCCUGGACGCACAAAGCGCCCCGCUUCAUGUGGGAAUGACUGGAGAGCUGUACAUUGGUGGCGUGGGGGUGGCGCGGGGCUACGUGGGCCGUGCGGAUCUUAGCGAGCGGUUCUUGGAGAACCCCUUCCACCCUGGGAGGGUGUACCGCACGGGAGACAUGGUACGGUUCAUGCCGCUGCGGCCCUGGGGUGUUUACCACAACUCCUGCGAGGUGGUGCUGGAGUUCUUGGGGCGCAAGGACUCCCAGGUGAAGGUCCGAGGCUUCCGCGUGGAGCUGGCGGAGGUGGAGUUGAGCUUUGCGGCUCAGGGCCUGGACUGCGCAGUGCUGGCGCUGCCGUCUGCCUGCCCCGCGGUGUUGGUGGCCUUUGUGAGGGCAGAAGAGCAGCGGGCAACAGAAACGCGGGACAGGUUGACGCAACAGCUGCCACACUACAUGGUUCCUGAGGUGUGCAGUGUGGAGGCGCUGCCGCUGACCCGCAGCGGCAAGGUGGACCGCCAGGCGCUGGAGGCUUGGUGGGCGCAGAGGCGGACAGCCUUCCGGGCACCCAUCACGAAGCAGCAGCAGAGGGUGGUGGAGGCCUUUCGAGAAGCGUUGGGGCAAGAGGUGGGGCUGGACGAUGAUUUCUUUGAGCUUGGCGGCCACUCGCUGUCGGCCAUGCGGCUGCAAAUGGCUUUGGGGGACCUAAGCCUGCAGGAGGUCUUCCACGCGAGGACGCCCGCGGCGCUGGCAGAGCUACUGGAGCUUCGCAGCGGCGGUGUAAAGGCAGCCCCGCCGCUGCAGAAGAUGGAGCGGGGUGAUCUCGUGCCAGCCUCCUACGCGCAGGAGCGUUUGUGGCUUGCGCAUUGCCUGCAGCCAGGGCCCCGCUACAACGUGGCCUUUGCCUUCCGCGGCCGCGCGUCCUUGGUGGCGCUGCUGGGGGCCCUGCAGCGGUUGCUCGAGCGCCACGAGGCGCUGCGCACCGUGCUGCAAGGUGGCGGAGAAGAGUCAGGGCAUGGGCAGCUCUUCCAGAGGAUCCUGGAAGCUGAAGAAGUCAAGAUUCCCGUCUCUGCCCCAGCUUGCGCAAUGAGAGUGUGCAGCUGUGUUUGGCUGCAGGCGCUUGGGGUUGAGGAUGCAGCGGUCGCAGCCAUGCGUGCCGAUGCAGCUGAAGGCUUCGACCUGACCUCCGGCCUGCUGAGGGUCAGACUUUUCCACUCAAGCAGCGACUUUCUCCUGUAUUUCAAUGUGCACCACGCAGCUUUCGAUGCAGCCUCGCAGGCCUUGCUGAAGAAGGAGCUGGCAAUGGAUCUCAACGGCGAUCACCUGCAGACUCCUUCUGUGCAGUAUGCUGACUAUGCGCUGUGGCAGCAGCAGUGGCUGGCAGAAGGGGAGAAGCAGCGUUGCCUAGACUACUGGAAGGAAGAGCUGAGGGGCGCAAGCUUCAAACUGCAUUUGCCCACAGACGUUCCACGACCUCGGGACCUGACACACGGUUUUGUCACCUCACGGUGGCCUCUUAGUGCACUGGCCGGCGUGCGGAGCGCCGCCAAGCAACUGCCAGCCUCGGAAAUGGCAGCAAUGCUCUCACUCUUUGGCCUGCUACUGGGGCGCCGCUUCGGGCAGGAGGACCUGCUUGUGGGCAUCCCAGAAUCUGGCCGCGGAUCAGACCCAGCGCUGCAGAACGUGGUUGGUUUUUUUGUGAAUACCUUGCCGAUUCGCAUCCGUUUACUCGAGGCCAAGGAGACUUUCAUGGACUUGCUUGGCAGGACUCAGAAGACCUUGCUGGAUGCGAUGGACCACGCUACCAUUCCCUUCCAGCACUUAGUGGAAGAAGCGCGGCGUGCAAAGGAGCUGGAUCCCGGUCACAGCCCGCUGGUGCAAGCAUUUUUCCAGCACAUUGCCACUGGACAGUUCUCCCAUCAGAGUCCGAUGCUGGAGGACUUCAACUUUGAGGCGCUUCCUACACCGGCAAAAUUUGAGGUGAGCCUCCAGACCAGUGUGGAAAGCAGCCUUUCUUUGCGCUGGGAGUUCAUGCCUGAGGUGCUUCCGUUGGAGACAAUAAGACUGUUGGAUCGCCACCUUUUGGUCAUGGCAAAACGGUUGGCAGCGGACUGCAACAGUGCGCUAUGUCACCUGCGCGAACGUCCCUCAGACGAGCAUGCAGCUGUGUUGCACGACUGGAGCACCAGUCAUGCACUUCCACUGCCGGACUGUCGCCUAGAAGACCUCUUCAUCCAGCAAGCCAUGCGCACCCCAAAGCAGACCGCCUUGGUGCUGCGCAAGAACCGCCUGUCCUUCGCAGAUCUGCUGGCUGCGGCCCAGGCUCUGGGAGCACGUUUGGGUUUGGCAAAGUCGCGGGUGGGGGUUUUGGCCGAACGCAGCCUGGAGCUGCCAGUGGCGCUGCUGGCUGUGCUGAUGGCAGGCGCAGCCUUCGUGCCUCUGACGCCGGACCUUCCGCGGGAGCGGCUGCGCUUCUCGCUGUCGGAGGCAAAGGCCGGCGCGCUGCUCGCCACGCCGCAGGUCGCUGCCACUGCCGCCGCCUUGGCGGAGGAACUCGCCAUCCCCUGGAGCAUUGUGAGCCUCGACAACCUCAAGAACCUUGAGAGUGUCGAGACACCGGCGAGGCCAGCAGAGCGUAUUGCUUACGUUCUAUUUACAUCUGGCUCUACUGGUCGGCCCAAGGGUGUGGCAGUUUCUCACCGUGCCCUGCUGUCCCACCUGCUACCAUACGUGCGAAUCUUGAAACUUACUCCCGCUGAUCGCAUUCUGCAAACCAGCCCCUUCACUUUCGAUAUGGCUUACUCCCAGAUCUUUGGGGCUUUGCUCAGCGGAGCCCAGCUCGUUCUGACACGGGAAAAUCCAAUGGUUGACCCCAUGGAGCUUGCACAAGUCCUAGAACAGGAAUCUGUGACCUUCACAACCUUGGUGCCUUCAGUGCUGUCUGCCAUGGUGCAUGCCAAGCCUGAGAUUUGCUUGCCAGCACUGAGACAUUUGGGUUGCGGGGGCGAACCCCUCCGCAGCAGGUUUCGGCAAGUUCGCCUGCACAACCGCUACGGCCCGACAGAGUGCGCCAUCAACUCCACUCUCUUUGGCCCUUUCGGCCCCGACGAGAUCAAUGGGGAGAGGGAUGUGCCCAUCGGCUGGCCGUCGGCUCACCGUCAUGUGGCAGUGGAGGCCGGGGAGCUUCUGCUGGCGGGUCCAGGGCUGGCGGGCUACGUGGCACGAGAGGCCUCGGCCUUCCGCUCCAGCCUUCGCGGCGCGGGCCAGCAGUAUCACACCGGGGAUCAGGUGAGUCGAGGCACGCGCGGGUGUCUAGGCUUCUUGGGCCGAAGGGACUUCCAGGUGAAGCUGCAGGGCCAGCGCAUUGAGCUGGCCGAAAUCGAGCAAGUCAUUUCUACCCUGCCGCAGGUGCGCUCCUGCGCAGUUGUUGUGAACCAUGUGCCCAUGCUGGUGGCGUUUAUUUCAGGUGAGGCGCCGCAAGAGGUUCUCGCGCAGUGCUGCAAGCAUUUGCCACCUGCAAUGGUUCCUCGCGUGCAAGUUCUAGAUGACCAGAGUUGGCCCAGGACCAGCUCUAACAAGCUCGACCGGCGCGCGUUGGCAGACAUGGCCAGCAAGCUUGUUCAAGAUCCACAGCGUGUGUUGGGGACAAGCGCGGUGGAAGAGGCGGUGAACACAUUGCUGGAGGUCUUGGCGGACUUGGGGCACGUGGUGUCCGCCGCGUGCAGCCUGGGCCUCACCUCGCUGCUGGCGCUGCGCGUCGUGGCGCAGGCGCGGCGCCGGGGCCUGGAGCUCUCCGUGCGGCGGCUGCUGGCGCCGGGCGCCACGGCCUUGGCGGUCGCCACCGAGGCGACGGCAGGCCGUCCGGAGGACGAGGCCGUGGAUCUGCUGUUGGGCGCUGUGCGCCUGCAGGUUCGGCACAUGACAGAGCCCAGCGGAGACUGGGAGGUGCUGGUUUGCCCGGGAGACGGUGGGGCAGGGGUGGAAGGCUACCGACCAUUGGCGGUGGCACUGCAAUCAGCUUGCCGCGUUUGGGUGGUGGAUGGCCUGUUGAGCACCUGCCGCAGCUUGGAGGAAAUGGCAGAGGAGGUGCUCAGGUGUUGGCGAUGUUCAGGGAAGCGACGAGUUCUGCUGGGCCAUUCCUGGGGCGUGCUGUUGGCGCUUCAAUUAGCGCAGCUGACGGAUGUCGAGGCCGUGUGGCUGCUGGAUCCCUCCAAGCACCACUUUGCCCCCGCUGAGCCAGUCAUGGACCACGAGGCCGAGCUGCUGGAGCUGCUGGCACGGCUCUGCCAAGCAGGUGCUGCCCAGGGCCUGCUGAUGGCUGCCAGAUCUGGCCGGAUGACAGAGAUGGAGAAGGUGCUGAGCCAGAAUCAGUUCCAGCGUCUGCGCCAGGCAGCAGCGGCAAGGUCGCAUAACCUCAGCUUGCGGGCAAGCUACAAACCUCUUCACGUGCCUGUGCACGUCAUCCUGGCAUCAGAGAUGGAGGCGACGCCGCAGCAAAGGUUGCUGGACGCUUGGCUGGAAACAUCGAUGGACACCUCAUUGGACACCAUUGGCAAUGUGAUCAUGUGGCAUCUUCCGGGCUUCAGGACCUCGACUGCAUUCGCUCGAUAUCGAGGGAUGUCGCAGUGAGCUGGACGGCUGGCACCCAUUACUCGAUGUUAGAGCCUUCGAACUGCACUGCCUUGGCAGCCGCACUUCUGGGGACACUAUCAAGUCCGGCAUAGCGCAGCUGCUGCGCGACCCAAAACAGCCUCCGCGGACUACUUGGACGAAGGGCGAAGCUUACGUUCCUCACAGCUGGUCGCCCACGUGAUGGAUGCCCGCCCGACUGCCCGACCAGACGGCCAAAGAUGGCCAAAUCCUUGACGAGGUCCGAUGCCAAAUCCGACAGUUUGACAAAUGUUUUGAUCGGUUUACUUGCCACUUGCCCUUCAAGGCAAUUUGGCCGCAGAGGCAUGUUGUGCUGUCAAAA